GUUGAGCGCUUUGGGCGCGUCUCGCCUUGAGACCCUUCCACUUGAGCUCAGGCGCCUCCUUAUCCUUAGGCAGACGCCGACUCUCAGUCAGAGCCUCAGUGGAGCGGAGACGCUCUGGGGCGCAGCUACUCCGGCGCUCCCUCUCUGCACCGGCUGAAGCGGGCAAUCAUGGACCAUGGCCCCAAAGAAGGGGACGCUGCCGGGCCGACUGCUGGCGGCGCCGCGCGAGGAAAUAAUGCCGCCGCCACCACCACCACUGCCGCCUCCUCCUCCUCCGGCGGCGUGGUCGUGCAAGUGCGCGAGAAGAAGGGACCCUUGCGCGCCGCCAUCCCCUACAUGCCGUUCCCUGUAGCCGUUCUCUGCUUGUUCCUCAACACCUUCGUACCUGGACUAGGGACAUUUGUAUCAGCUUUCACAGUCUUGUGUGGAGCCCGGACGGAUCUCCCUGAUAGACACAUUUGUUGUGUGUUCUGGUUGAAUAUUGCAGCAGCUCUGAUUCAGAUUCUCACAGCAAUUGUGAUGGUUGGCUGGAUCAUGAGUAUAUUUUGGGGGAUGGACAUGGUCAUUCUUGCCAUUUCACAAGGUAUGUUUCUAUCUGAUAUUUUCCCCCACAAUUUAAUCAAUUUAAACAUAAACACUUUUCCUCAGGGAAAAUGUUUUAAACACUAAACUAAGCCU